AAAAUCAAAACAAUACGUGUAAUAAAUUCAAUCAAGGCCACUUUUUAAUCAAUUAUUGAAGAAUCUGACGGGAUUCUCCCAUAAAAUGAUAAUUUUCUGAUUUCACAAGACACAAGCUUUGCAUCGAAAUCAACAAUUUUCUCAAAAAUCAGUAGAAAAAGCGAAUCUUUCCAAAGUGGCGAGUUUCAACGAGAGAAUGCGACGAACUCAGGGAGGAUAUGGGUAUCAGCCGGUGCCAACGAAUAACGGCAUGAACCACAAUGACAUGCUGGAGACGGAAAACGAGCAAAUGUCGGAAGAUCUGAAACGCAAAAUUGGCGCACUCAAGAACAUUUCCAUCGAAAUUGGCAAUGAAGUCAAGUAUCACAAUGCGUUGUUGCGCGAUUUUGACGACGAUAUCGACAAGACAGACGGAUUCCUGAAAAGUAACAUGAAACGCGUGAUGCGACUGGGGAAAGGCGGGCAUCGGAGCUACUGGUGUUACAUGUUCUUGUUUGCGCUUUUUGUGUUCUUCUUGUUGUACAUUAUUCUGGCCUUUAGAUAGUUUAGCGAAUGAAUGAAUUUGUUAUAAAUAUAUUUUUAUGUUAAUUUUUUGGAAGAAAAAAAAAUCAGUUACGGAAUGAAAAAUUUAAUUUUAAAUAUUUACGAUUUUUUGUCUCAUUUUUUUUUUGCUCGAAACAACAACAGCUGGCAAUAAGUCUGCCUAAGUCAGAUAACAUUUUUGAUAAUAAAUUAUUUAUUAUGCGUUUUUUCGUGUCUUCUGUGUUUUCGUGUCACAUUUUCAUAAUGCUUUGCCAAAAGUCACCUUACCAAAAGCAUACGAGCGCUUUUAAAAAAUA